UUCUGCUGCAAUAAAUCUCUCUCCUGCGAACCUGUAAUCUUCCUUUCAGUAACAAACCCUGCUAAUCUUCCUUGGUCACAGGGUACAAAGCUAAGAAGAAACCUGGUCCCUCAGCACAGGCGGACUCACCAUGGAACUGGCUAACCUGCAAAGGAGAUAUCUUGACUUCACAUCUCCGCUCUUCCAUGAGGGGAUUCUGGACAACCAGUUCACCCAGCUGCAGCAGCUGCAGGACGAGAGCAAUCCUGAGUUUGUCCUCGAGGUCGUGACUCUCUUUUUUGACGAUUCUGAGAAGCUCCUUAAUGAGCUAACCAGGACCCUAGAUCAGCAGGUUGUGGACUUUAAGAAAGUGGAUGCCCAUGUUCACCAGUUCAAAGGCAGCAGUGCCAGCAUUGGUGCCCAAAGGGUUAAAAAUGUCUGCAUGGCCUUCCGCAAUUACUGCGAGGAAAUGGACCAAGAAGGAUGCCUCACAUGUCUCCAGCAACUUAAGCAGGAGUAUUUUCUGGUGAAGAACAAGUUGGAAACUUUAUUUAAGCUGGAGCAGCAGAUUGUGGCUGCUGGUGGAUCAAUCCCCAUGAUGUGGUAAUUCUACUUGCUGAGUGUCUUAUUAAGAGGUGGUGGUAGGAAGUGAUGUUCAGGUUCUUUGUUCCUUACCAUAUGCUAUGUGCUUUCUUUGUUGUUCUCCUGUUUCACUUGUCCCACUCAUGUGAAAAACAUCAAACAUCUCCCUUUUAGUAGUGGAUUUAAAGGAUGCUAAUUAAUGAUGUUUAUCUUCCUUCAUGAUGUAAAUUGACUCUGCAUGCACCAUUUUAUGGCAAAAGCUCCAUUUUCUGU